AUGGAAACAUUUGCUAACAUUGUUCAAGAUGCACGCGACUCCUUGAAGCUUCUGGACAAGUCAUAUCCCACCGAUUCCUGGACAAAUGUCCCCUCCACGAUCUCCCGCCUCCUCCCAAGACGCCUCCACCUCCAACCCGACCACCCGAUCACCAUCACCCGCCGCUUAAUCGAAUCCCGCUUUCCCUCCUUCGCCACCCACAACUCCCUCUCCCCCAUCGUCUCCGUUCACCAGAACUUCGACAGCCUCGGCUUUCCCGUCGACCAUCCCGGCCGCUCGCGCACCGAUACGUACUACGUGAACCAAGACACCGUCCUCCGCACCCACACGUCCGCCCACCAAGCCGACACCUUCGCCAGCCUCGGCGCCUCCGACGAGGGCUUCCUUAUCAGCGCUGACGUGUACCGGCGCGAUGCCGUCGACCGAUCGCACUACCCCGUCUUCCACCAGAUGGAAGGUGCGAUGAUGUGGUCGCGCGACCCGUCCGGCUCCUCGUCGCUCAGCGAGCGGAUCUGGGCGGACGUAGAAAAGCUGCGGCGGUUGGAGGACGUCGAGGUGAGCGACCCGAACCCGACGGUGCAUCCUGAGCGGAAUCCGUUGCAGAAGUAUCAUGAAUUGGGUGAUGUCGAGGCGAUUGCGGCGCACUUGAAACGGAGCUUGGAGGACGUGGUGAGGGAGAUCUUCGCAGCGGCGAAGGCGGUGACCGAGCCGGGGAGCGAAGGGGAGGCGCUGAAGGUCCGGUGGGUCGAGGCAUAUUUCCCCUUCACCAGCCCGUCGUGGGAGCUGGAAGUCUAUUGGCAGGGCGACUGGCUCGAGGUUCUGGGGUGCGGUGUCGUGAAGCAAGAAAUCAUGAUCGAAGCCGGCGCGCCGGAUAAGAUAGGAUGGGCGUUCGGCCUCGGGCUGGAGAGGAUUGCCAUGCUGCUCUGUUCGAUCCCGGACAUACGACUAUUUUGGUCGCAGGACGAGCGGUUUUUAUCCCAAUUCCGGGAGAAACGGGGCGAUGAUGGGACGUACCAGGUCAACAAAUUCGUCCCGUUCUCGAAACAUCCUCCAUGCCCGAAGGAUGUCUCGUUCUGGCUGCGAGGUACUUCGAGCGCCGGGGGCGGAACGAAGGGGAACACGCACGAUUUUCACGAAAACGACAUCAUGGAGCUAGUCCGCGACAUUGCCGGCGACAUCGUCGAAGAUGUCUCCCUGGUCGACGAGUUCACGCAUCCCAAGACGGCGCGGAAAAGCAUGUGCUACAGGGUCAUCUAUCGCAGCCUGGAGCGCACCCUCACGAACGAGGAGGUCAACGGCCUCCACGAAAAGGUUCGAGGAGGCCUGGUGGAACGGCUGGGGGUCGAGCUGAGAUAA